CCUGCUGUCCACCUGCUUGCCCGCUUUGUAUUUCCUCUUCUCUGUGUGGCUUCCUUCCCCCACCUCAUUAUUGUUAUUAUUAUUAAUUUCCACCCAUUUCCUCGCCUCCUUAUAGCUGGCUCUCAGAGUUCUUCUCUCUGCACUUUGUUUUUAUACGUUUCUCUCUCUCUCUCCUGGGGCUUUUUUAAAAGCACCUUCCCACGUGUCCCUCAGGCUUCACCUGGCAGCUCUCUCACCCUCAUCUACUUUUUGCAGAAGGUGCUGUGCAGCCCCACGUUGCAGCAGCUUUAAAGAAGUCCUGGUCUGUGAGAUGCCACGUGCACUGCUCCCCCCUCCCACGGCCCUCAUUUUUUCCUUCCUUUUUCUGAGUGUGUAAAGGUCAGGGAUGGAGAUGGCCAAAGGGGUCUCUGGGGGACCUGGGAGCACCUUUUUGCAAAAAGGCACCUGUGAUGGUGGUGGCUCAGGGCUUACCCAGCACCAAAGUCCAGUCACCCCAUCUCCUCCUCCCUUACCAGAGGGACCUCAAUCACAGUCUGUCGCAUCAUUCAGUAGGGAAGGCAGAGAAAGCAGUGAGAUUCAGGUGUCCAUAAUUCUGCCAGUUUACAAUGCUGAGUGUUGGCUGGAUGAAUGCCUGAAGUCUGUUCUGGAGCAAGACUUCCAAGGUUCCAUGGAACUAUCUGUUUUUAACGACGCUAGUAUGGACAAUUCAGGAAAUAUAUUAAAAAAGUGGAAGGUUCUAUUGGAAGAAGCAGGCAUUCAGAUGGUACUUGGAGAAAAUGAUUCAUCACAGCCACGAGGAGUGGGCUUUGCUAAAAAUCAUGCAAUAGAUCAGAGCUCGGGGACUUAUCUGUGCUUUCUGGAUUCUGAUGAUGUGAUGAUGCCCCAGAGAAUAAGACUGCAGUGGGAAGCUGCUAUUCAGCAUCCAGAAAGUAUUAUAGGUUGCCAAAUUGAGAGAGAGCCAGCAGAGGCAACUGAGCGAUACACUAGAUGGAUCAAUAAUCUUUCCUGUGAGCAGCUUCUUACUCAGGUUUUUACUUCCCAUGGACCAACUGUAAUUAUGCCAACUUGGUUCUGUUCCCGAGAAUGGUUUUGUCACGUGGGCAGAUUUGAUGAAGCGGGAAAGGGCACCCCAGAAGACCUGCUGUUCUUUUAUGAACAUCUCCGAAAAGGUGGUGGAGUCUUUCGAGUCAACCAGCGCCUCCUUCUGUACCGUUACCAUCCACAGGCGGCAACCCAUUCAGUCCUAGAGGGAACCAUCUGGACACACCGUGUCUUGUUUCUGGAAGAGAGAAUCCUCAGUCGGUGGACUUCCUUCACCAUUUGGAAUGCUGGCAAACAGGGAAGGAAGCUCUUUAGGAGUUUGACUCCAGCUAAUCAGAAAAAAGUGACUGCAUUUUGUGAUGUGGAUACAAAUAAAAUCUCAAAAGGAUUUUAUACUUAUGAAGAAUCUAAGGAAAAUCCCAAGCCCAGAAUCCCUAUCCUACAUUUCAGAGAUGCUUCCCCACCUUUCAUUAUUUGUGUCAAGUUGGAUUUGACAGGUGGACAGUUUGAGGAAAACUUGAAGCUGUUGAAUCUGAAGGAAGCUGUGGAUUAUUAUCAUUUUAACUGAAGAAUGUGGUGCACUGGAAGGCUUUAUGUUGCUCGACAAACCAGAGGAGACGCUAGCCUGUUUCUGCCCCCACCUCCAAAGGAAUUCCUCAAAACAGGUAUUAGUAAAUUAAAAGGUGAAAUACUACUUGUAUUCCCUUAAAAAAAAAGGUGGAAUGAUGGUGGAAUGACAGCAAAGCUUAGUAUACAAGCUAAACUCUGUUCUGUGAAUGCAGCUCUUGAUCUGAAGGUGUACAGAAGGAGUUUCCCACAGAGUUGCUAGCAUUUCAAGGUUGUCACUCCUUUGCACUAUUCACACAUUGUAAAGGAAUAGCAGGAUGAGAUCCUGCUGAUCCAUUACAACCUGCACAUUGGGGGGAAAUGAGACAAGUCACAACUGUGAGGAUUCCCCACCCUACCCCAGCUAACACAUUGAAAUGUCUAACAUUGUAGGGGACACACACCCAAUUGUUCUUGCACUGUUUUUUAGAAGGGUGCAUUUACAGUCGGCCUAUGUAUGAAGAAGUGGUGAGGGCCUGUGUAAUUCCAGCAUGGGCAGGGGCAGCUGGAGGCUCCUCUAAAGUAAAGCCCUGCUAUGCUGUGUGAUGCAUGUGGUUUAUAUGCAGGCUUAAAGAGGCUACACAUUAUCCUCAGGCUAGGUAAAAGUCGAACGUGACAAUUAGAAUAUAAUUUACAUAAAUGUGCUUGGAAAGGGUCUCCAUUAUAUUCCCCCCCCCAUUGUGAGAAUAACUAGCCAUUUAGGGCCCUCCUGUUCCAUAGUAGUGAAGUCCAUUGUGAUAACAAGAACUACUUCUACAUAACCUUGCUGGUUGUUCCUCUUUAUCAGAUGCUUCUGGCUACAUGCGUA